AUGGAUCCAGAUUCGGACUCGGAGGACCUGCGAGAAGACGGGACCCUGCUGCCCAGUGCCGGUGCCGCCAGCCAUGAGCCGAAGCAUCCGCGAGGACAGUCGCCGAUGGGCAGGCGGCGACGGCGUGGGAUAUCCCGCCUCGCCGUCAUGAUGUCCAUCUUGGGCAUCUCGGCGCUCAUGAUCGUGGGAUUCGCCAUGCUCAAAUUCACCGCGCAAGUGCGAGUUCCAGCGCCGCCGCCUAAAGAGCCACCUGCAGAGCCGCCGGCGGAAUCUGCAGUGCCUGACCCGGCGGAGAGCGAGGCGAGCCCGCCGCCCCCGGAAUUGAAACCCGUUGCAGACCCGUUCAAUCUCAGGACGACGGGCUUUGUCGUCUCGGACAAGCCCCAGACGCGCGAGUUCGUCUUUAACAUCACGCGGGGCAGAAGCAGCCCCGACGGCGUGUCCAAGGAGAUGAUCUUAGUAAAUGGCCAGUCACCAGGCCCCCUCAUCCAGGCCAACAAGGGCGAUAAGCUGCAAAUCACCGUGCACAACUCGAUGCCCAAGGAGAGAACCUCGAUUCACUGGCACGGUAUCGACCAGAAGAACAGCGUCUUCAUGGACGGCGUGUACCGCGUGACCGAGUGCGGUAUUCCACCCGGCGAGAGCUUUACCUACGUCUUUGAAGUCGUCGACCAGCGCGGCUCGUUCUGGUAUCACGGCCAUGUAUCUGCUCAGUAUACGGACGGGCUAUUCGGACCUUUGAUCAUUCACGAUCCUGAUGAAAAGAUCCCUCCUGUCGAGGAAGAUAGGGUUAUCAUGAUCGGUGACCACUAUCACGUGGAUGCAGAAGAGGCCCUAAGUAUAUACACAGGCACAACUACAGAUGGGGGCAGGGAGCCGCGUCCUGAUAACAUCUUGAUCAAUGGCCGCAACACUUACGAUUGCUCCCCGGCGUCGUCGAAUAGGGCCCGACGCGCAUCCAAGGCCCGACAGGAGGAUCCCACCCGCCAUGUUCCUGCCGGCUGCUCAACGGGCUCCAUCUACAGCGCACGCGUUCCGAGCAAGCGCCGCGUACGCCUCAGACUCAUCAGCCACAGCUCCAACAUCCCGCUGUGGUUCACCGUGGACAGCCACGUCCUUGAGAUCGUCGAGAUCGACGGGGUGGAGGUCGAGCCGAUCAAGACCACACGCGUCUUCUUGAACGCGGGCCAGCGAUACUCGGUCGUCUUCACGACCGACCAGCCGGCGGGAAACUACCUGAUGCGCGCGAUAGCUCUCAAGGGGUGCGCCAUGCUGGGCGGCAGCUUUGGAAGCCACCUCGCAAAGGUCAACUACGAGGCGACAGGCAUCCUGUCCUACGACAACGUUGAUGUGAACGACCGGCCUGUUGGAAAGGCAUGGGACAUGAGGGCCGAAUCACUACCCGACUCGACCUCGGAACCGUGGACACAGAAGUGUCGAGAUCUGCCGUUUGAUCUCCCGAAGCCGGUGAGAGCCAUGAAGGCAUACGAGGCAGGAGAACGCAACAAACAUCAGGCGGUGUUUUCCCAGGGAAACCACAACGGUGUAUAUCGUAGCUUUGUCAACAGCGUGGUUUUCUCCCCGUUGAACGACAGCGCAACGGUCUGGCAGACCUCUCGACAAAAUCUGUCGCUAGCAAAUCUCGAGUCAAGUACCCCGAAAUGGGACUUUGGCGCAGAUCAGAACAUCCUCGUAUCUCGCGACGACGAUAAAGCAGCACAGAUAGCCAUCAGCGCAAAUCAGAUGAUGUCUCAUCCCUGGCAUUUACAUGGGAUCUCUAGUGGCCAAAACUUUCAGAUCGUCGGUUGGGGCAAAGGCCUGUUCGGGAUGGGGGAAACGACGUGGAACUUGGACAACCCCAUGCGACGCGACACGGUCCUGGUAGGGUCCCAUUCACAUGUUGUCAUCCGAUAUGUCGCGACGAAUCCCGGUGUAUGGGCACUCCAUUGCCAUAUCCAAUGGCAUGCCGAGGGUGGCAUGUUUGCUACGACUGCGCAGCGGCUGGCAGAAUUGAACACACUCAUCGAUUCCCUAGACUCUGACAAGGGUGCUGGCCUUGGUAGAAAGUUCUGCAAAAGAUAG